GUCACGGUGCCUUUGGCUGACGCGUGCUGAGAUCGUGCAAGCGUGAUGAUUGGCCCGACGAUCGGCCGCGCACGGCUCGUAGGCGCCCGUUAUCUCUCCAUACAUUUGCACACGUGCCUUACAUCUACCGAACGCUAAUCCAGUAGCAGAAGGUAAAGUUCAAGACGCGAAAGGUCAAACAUGCAGUACACACUUACCUUCCUUACAAGAGCCAAGCUGCCGAAAUGUUGAUGCACAGGAGACGGAGUUUCGCGAUGAUCGACGGAGCCGGAUCUCUUCGAGACGGCUGUAAGUCUAUAUAAGACUUGCGGGAUGCAGCCAAGAAAGUUAAGCAUUGAUCUACCAAAUCCUCCAUGUCUUCUAUCUCGUCUUUCCUACUUGCCCUCGGCAUCUUUGCCGGCUCGGCAAUUGCCACCGCGCCCGUGUGCUCGGCAUCUGCAGCGCUCAGCUGCUCGAGUAGCACCGUUUCCAACACGUGCUGCACCGAGGCCCAAGGACAAGUCUUGCAGGUCCAGUUCUGGGACUACAACCCUGCUACCGGUCCAGCCAACUCCUGGACCAUCCACGGCCUGUGGCCUGAUAACUGUGAUGGCACGUACAAGUCGUCAUGUGACAGCUCCAGAGCCUACACCGGUAUCGGCUGCACACUCGCGAACAAGGGCCACACAGACAUUCUCAACUACAUGAAAACAUACUGGAAGGACUAUCAGGGCGAAGACGAAUCUUUCUGGGAGCACGAGUGGGCCAAACAUGGAACUUGUUAUUCAACACUGAAGCCGAGCUGCUACACCAGCUACAAAGCUCAGGACGAACUUGUUGACUUCCUGAACACCACCAUCACUCUGUUCAAAGACCUGCCAACCUACACUUGGUUGUUGAAUGCCGGUAUCACACCCAGCUCGACCAAGACCUACACCAACGCUGCUAUCACCGCCGCUCUCAAGGCAAAGUUCGGCGCCACGCCCAUCCUGACUUGCACCAGCGGCGCGCUCAACCAGAUCCAGUACGCCUUUAACGUGCGUGGCAGCGUUGCGAAUGGCAACUUCGUGCCUGUCAAUCCGACUGGCACUUCUGGAAACUGCCCAUCCACAGGUAUCAAGUACUUGCCCAAGGUGUUGAGCACUGCACCAAGCGCAGAUGAGGGUAGCUGUUAGUUCAUUGGUGGAAACGAAGAUGGUACUUUUCUGUAGUCGCUACUUGAAUCCACGCCCUGGUGUC